CGAUUAGAGGGGGUGCUUUUGCUUUUUCUUCUUCUUCUUCUUGCCCUCCAUCCAAUACAAUACCAAUAUCAAUUUUGAUUCCAGAUUCUAGGGUUUCAAUCGCGGAGAAUUGCUCUUCUUUCUUCCUUUGUUAAUUCCUCCUUCCAUUCUAGGGUUGUGGUCCUCUAUAGAUCUGGCUUCCGAGGACGCCCGAUUCGCUUUUCAUCAUGUUUUGGCGUAUGGCUGGAUUGUCCGCUUCCUCUCCUGUGGAGGCUAUUCUGGAUAAGGAAAAUUUUACUUUGGAGGAGCUUCUCGAUGAGGAAGAAAUUAUUCAAGAAUGCAAAGCCUUAAAUACCCGCCUUAUCAACUUUUUGCGAGAGAAGCCUCAGGUUGUACAAUUAAUUCGAUAUAUUAUGGAAGAACCUCCAGAGGAUGCUGAGAAUAGGCGGAGUUUCAAGUUUCCAUUUAUUGCUUGUGAGAUUUUUACUUGCGAAGUUGAUGUCAUACUCAAAACUGUAGUUGAGGAUGAGGAAGUUGUCAUUUGUCUGCUGUUGCGGAAGACAGUACCGUUUAUGCAAUAUGUUAAAAGUCAUCAAGAAAUUGUGAAGCAGCUUGUUGACCUUAUUGGUAUAACAUCCAUCAUGGAGGUUUUAAUACGUCUAAUUGGCGCUGAUGAACAUAUGUUUUCAAGCCAUACAGAGUCAAUGCAGUGGAUGGAGGAUAUAGAUGUACUGGACAUGGUUGUUGACAAGUUUAGCUCUUCGGAUUCUCCUGAGGUGCAUGCUAAUGCAGCUGAAAUACUUUGUGCAAUAACACGCUUUGCUCCUCCUGAUCUUGCUUCCAAGAUCUCCAGCCCCAAUUUUGUUGGGAGAUUGUUCCGUCAUGCUUUGGAAGAUUCACGGCCAAAAUCUGUUCUGGUCAAUUCAUUGUGUGUGUGUGUAUCAUUGUUAGAUCCUAAGAGGCUAACACUUGGAACAUAUAAUAUGUAUAAUCGGCAGCUAACUCAGGGAUCCACAAUAGCUGCUAACCCUGAGACAGUUGAAGGAAUGCUGGAAAGCCUAGGUGAAUUGCUGAAGCUUUUGAAUGUUUCAUCAGUGGAGGCUUCCUUACCAACUACAUAUGGGAAACUGCAACCACCCCUUGGAAAACACCGUCUUAAGAUUGUAGAGUUUAUUUCUGUCUUACUGACAGUUGGUAGUGACGCUGCUGAAAAGGCAUUAAUCCAACUGGGAGCAGUGCAGAGGAUAUUGGACUUGUUCUUUGAGUACCCAUACAAUAACUUUUUGCACCACCAUGUAGAGAGUGUAGUAUUGUCAUGUUUAGAGAGCAAAAAUGCGUUACUAGUUGAGCAUCUUCUUCACGAGUGCAAUCUUGUCGGAAGAAUACUUGAAGCAGAAAAGAAUUUCAAUUUGACAUCUGAUCCAAGCAAGCCAACAGUUGCUGCUGAGGGUAGACCACCCCCCAAGAUAGGAAAUAUUGGACACUUAACUUGCAUAUCAAACAAACUUGUUCAGCUGGGGAAUAACAAUGCUGAAAUUCAGGCAUUUUUGCAGGGAAACAAUGAAUGGACUGAUUGGCAUGCAAAUGUCCUUUCAAAGCGUAAUGUGAUCGAAAAUGUUUAUCAGUGGUCUUGUGGGAGGCCAACCUCUCUGCAAGACCGGACCAGAGAUAGUGAUGAUGAUGAUUACCAGGAUAGAGAUUAUGAUGUUGCAGCUUUAGCAAAUAACUUAAGCCAGGCAUUUCGAUAUGGCAUUUACAGCAAUGAUGAUAUGAAUGAGGUACAUGGGUCCCUUGAACGAGAUGAUGAGGAUGUUUACUUUGAUGAUGAAUCUGCUGAGGUUGUUAUAUCUUCUCUGCGUCUAGGAGAUGAACAAGAAAGUGGCUCUCUUUUCACAAAUUCCAACUGGUUUGCUUUUGAGGAUGAGAAGUUUGCCGAUGAGCGCUCAACUGGUGCCGUAGCUUCUCCAUCACCUCAGACUGAGGGGGCUGGUGUUUUAGACAGUGAGGUUGAAGAUGAGGUAAUUGUUGGUGACACUACAACAUCUUCAUCAGCGGCAGAGGCAAGAUUAGGAGAUGCCACCCUUAACUCAUCUGAAAACUCUACAGAAAAUGAACAGAGUGCAACAGAUAAACCACCUGUGUGGGUUGAAUGGAGAGAGAACCCGGAUUCCAGUGACACAUGUGAUAAAGAUGACGCUGUUAGUAUACCAAAUGGUGAAGUUGAAGAGAAACUGGAUGACAAAGGUGGUGAUCACGAUGGAGAUGGUACUGGACCUUCUUCGUCAUCUCAAGUGGCGUAUGAAACCCCUGGUUCUGGUUCUUCGGAGCUGUCUGAGGCUGGUAAUGAUGGUGUAAGUUCAGAUGAAGUUACCAAGAAUCAGGAGGCAGCUUUAAUAACAGAAAGUGCCCCAGAAGGUGCCGCCAAAGAUGAUUCCAAAGAAACAGCAAUAGAAGAAGGGAACUAAUGCAUAUUUGUCAACAAUCUGUAUGGUUGAGCUAACACAUAUUUGGCCGGACUGAUCAGUUUGAUGACAUAAAACAGCUCGGUUUGUUGGGCUUCUGUAUUCGUACGGCCUUUUCUGUAUACGAUUGUUAAUGAGGUGGGGGCAUUGUUGAUUCUUUUCCCCAUAUGGAAAGUUUCUGUUUCGGUCUCAUUGAGAGCAGGUUCUAAGUUGAGAACUUAGCGUAGCAAGUAAUUCAACAUUUAAUCUAGUGUGUCUGCUAUAGAUGAUUCCAGAAAUGGAAGUCUUAGCACAAAUAACCUGUUGAUAUGAUAGAAUUCUCUUCUUUCAUGAAUGUCAAGUAUUGAUCAUAGAAAUGAAUUUAUGUGAUCAAA